AUGAUAAGACAUAAUCGGAAUGAAAAAUUUGAUAAAAUAUGGCGAAAAGGGCAAAAUAGGCGAAACUUUAAAAAUUGGGCAAAAAAAUUAUUGAAAGAUGAGUUAUUUGAGGAAAUUGAAAUUAUAAAGGAUGUUAAUGGAAAGGAGAAACAAAGUGAAAAUAAAACGGGAAUUAAUUAUUUUUUGGAUAGAUUGAAAGAAGGUAAUUAA